CUCCACUCCGCAAAAAGUCGGACUUUCAAUUUUCACUCCGGGAACUAUUUUGUAUCUCCGCAAAAACAAGCCAGCAAAAGGGCGCCAUUCUUUCUUUUUGUCGUUUUUUCGGUGGGAAUCUCUACUUUAUUUUCCUUUAUCCAAUGCAGCAGGCAAAGUGAAAAACAAAUUAAGCACCCUCUUUCUCUUACCAAAAUGCAAAACAUCGCGCACAAGCCGGGGGACGUGGCGCGAGAAUCGCUCGCGUCGCCACUCCCGACAGAGGCCUUGCCAGCAAAGCCCAAUGUGUCGUCUUUAGGAUCGUGGUCUCAUUUGAUCGCUGGCGCCGCAGGUGGAAUGGUCACGGCGGUUCUCACAAGCCCACUCGAUGUCCUCCGAACCAGGUUACAAACCGACUAUUACCAAACCCAAGCAGCGAAGUCUCAUCCGGUUCCUACACAGCCCCAUCUUCGUGCAUCAUUCUAUCGCACCUCCCUCCUUCACUUCCGCGACACAUUCGAGAUUCUCUUCUCCAUUCACCGCGUGGAAGGCUGGCGAGGUCUCUUCAAGGGUCUCGGACCCAGUCUGACCGGAGUCGUUCCGGCCAGCGCCGUCAAGUUCUACACAUACGGAAACUGCAAACGGCUUCUUCCGGAAAUUAUCGGAUGUGAGAAGGAUUCAUCACUGGUACACGCCCUGUCCGCUGCAUGCGCCGGGAUUGCCACCGGCUCGGCCACAAAUCCGAUCUGGGUGGUUAAGACGCGACUUCAGCUGGAUAAGGCCGGGGCCCGACGAUACAAGAAUAGUCUGGAUUGCGCCCGGCAGGUUCUGCAACAGGAGGGACCAAAGGGCUUUUAUCGGGGCUUGUCAGCGAGUUUCCUAGGUACAAUUGAGACGACAUUGCACUUGGCAAUGUAUGAGAGGUUCAAGGGGAUGAUCUCGAAGAAGAUUGACCUCAAUGAAAAGAGCGAUACAAAUGGACUUGUUCAAGGCCUUGCUAUGAGUGGAGCGUCGGGCUUGUCAAAGUUGAUCGCGUGUUUGAUCGCGUAUCCCCAUGAGGUUAUCAGGACUAGAUUACGACAGGCUCCGAUGGCAGACGGUCGCCAGAAGUACACCGGAAUCCUUCAAUGUGCGCGGUUGAUUCUGAAGGAGGAGGGUGCAGCUGCUCUGUAUGGAGGCUUGACGGCACAUCUCCUUCGGACCGUUCCUUCUGCUGCUAUUACAAUUGGUACCUAUGAGCUGGUCCUCAAGGUCCUCGAGCGUCGCUAAGCUCGUGUUUACGUGAGGCCCAGGCCUAGGCCUCGAUAUUCCCUUCUCAUGUAUUAUAGAUGUACGAUAGACCAGGUGCAACGAUACCUUGUAAUAUAAUAACGACAUUCAAGGAAAAUGUUGAUGAUCCUUCUGGAGACAAAGUCACACCAAUGUGGAUUACUAUGUCGACCGAGACACUGGUCCCUUUGGACUAUAAAUCAGCCACUUUGGAU